GCUGUUGCAAUAUAAAGAUUUGCUACACAACGUAUUGUUUCUCGGAUGUGUGGAGCUGUAGUCCAAGGGCGGCAGUGGAUUCACGACCUGAGACCAAGAUGUGGACUAUGUCAACGUGAAACCGUGUUUCGUGCACACGACAAGGAUAUUCACAUCGGUUUUUGUGUUAGACCAGCCACCUACUACUAGCCUACUUCCCCACCUCAUUCUCAUUUCGUAUCCGCCGGUGGUGGUGGUGGCGGUGUUGGUAGUGGUGGUAACCAUGGCAACCAGCGCGGUGCCUAGCGACAACCUUCCGACGUACAAGCUGGUGGUGGUCGGGGAUGGAGGUGUGGGGAAGAGCGCUCUCACCAUCCAGUUCUUCCAGAAGAUCUUUGUGCCGGACUAUGACCCCACCAUAGAGGACUCCUAUCUUAAACACACAGAGAUAGACGGCCAGUGGGCCAUACUGGAUGUGUUGGACACGGCGGGUCAGGAGGAGUUCAGUGCCAUGCGGGAACAGUACAUGAGGACCGGGGACGGCUUCCUCAUCGUGUUCUCCGUGACGGACAAGGCCAGCUUUGAGCACGUUGACCGCUUCCACCAGCUCAUUCUACGGGUAAAAGACAGGGAGGCGUUCCCCAUGGUGCUGGUGGCCAACAAAGUGGACCUGGUACAUCUGAGGAAGAUCACCAGCGAGCAGGGCCAGGAGAUGGCUGCCAAACACAAUAUUACCUACAUUGAAACUAGUGCCAAGGAUCCUCCUCUCAACGUGGACAAGGCCUUUCAUGAGUUGGUACGCGUCAUCAGACAACAGGUCCCGGAGCGGAGCCAGAAGAACAAGAAGAAGAUGAAGUGGAGAGGAGAACGCUCCACAGGUUCUCACCGCUUCCACUGCAUCAUAUUGUGACUGCCCUCCUUCUCUGAAUGGUCUGUUAACUCACAGACACACACAGAAACAAUCACCCUCCCUCACACGCACACAUCCACACUCUCAAACGCACUCACACACCCGCAAGCAUAUCUUUUGAUGUCAGGGAGUACUGUAACCCCGAGCGGUCGUCGACUACUGGAGCACAAGAGGAGGAGGCGGAGGGGACGCUAAAAGGUGGACAGACUGGUUAUCAGACAGAGGGAGGCCCGGGAGACUGGAAUGGGCUGUGGCAGGAGGACCCCGUUAGCAACGUCGCAGUGACCCUGAGGAGCAGAUCCUCCUGAGACACAGUGAACUGCUCUCUUUCCUCCUCAGUCUGUGGUUCAAUGAGAAGCCUCAUGAGGCAGCUUCAUGAAGAGGCUACUCUGUGACUUUGAACCCCGGAUCUCCAUGCAGCGUCCAUACUCCGAACUGGUGUCAAACCGCUCCAUGUGAUUGGACCCGGCACAGGAAGCGCCUGGACAACGGUGGCGAGAACUAGACAGUGGUGAAACUAUUUCACCAACCUGUUCUAUCUAUCUAUCUAUUUAUCUAUCUAUCUAUUGAUCUAUCUAUAUCUUUCUGUUUAUCUGUCUCCCUAUCCCCUUUUUUCUCUCUCUUUGGUCUUUCUCCCGCCUACUCCCUCUCUCCUUAGCUCUUACUCUCACCCUAUCUCUCUUUCUCUCCGCUGCGCCCUCUGGUGCCCAAACGGACGAAGGUCAGAGGAGCGUCGCUCAAGGCAGGAGGUGUUCUGGAAGGACAGGCGUGUAGAGGUGGAAACCGUUCAUGUUUUUCUUUUUUCUUCUGUGAAUCAAUGGAAGUUAAUGUUUUGUGCUGAUGUCGAUGGGUAAACGCCCGUGAGUCCUGUGAGUUUAAAGUGUACAUUGUGAUUUUUUGUGAUGCUCGGUUAAGUGGUGCUGGAAGGUCCGAUCAGAAGGAGGAAAUCAGGAAACAUAGGAAAGAGAGAGAGGGAUCAAUGGUAUGUAUGUAUGUAUGUAAUGCAGGUGUUCUCUGAAUGCAUCAGGAGAAGUUUCUUCAUGUAGCCAUCGGUCAGUGAAGCCUGAAUUGGAGGGUUGGUUAAAUCAGAGGCGUGAAAGUUAAAAGUAAAAGCAAGCAUACGGCCAUGUUUACAUAGACAUCUAUAAUAGUAUUAUUUUCUAUCAUAGUCUUUACGAAUCCUUGCAGUUUCUACAUCGUGUACUAAAACCAGAAGUGUGUUAUCACAUACUGACUGCAUUGCACGCAUCGACCGUAGGAAUACAUUUAUUUUAAGGUUAAAGAAGGCAGCAGUUUGAAUGAAGUCCCUAUUAUAGUUGCCGUUAUAAACACGUGAGAUUUACGGAUACAUUGAAAAUCAUUUUCACAAGGGCCAGGAGAACUUGAAGAAGCAGUUUUGCACUGGCCACAAACCAAAAGAUGUGAUUUCAGUUACUUCAGGGCUGUAGGGGAAAUGUCAUCGCCUGUACUUUGGGUUCAACGGAGGACAGCUGUAACGUAAAAAGCUUUUACCCUGGGUUAAAAGUUGAAGCGUGGCUAAUCCAGCCCCCUCACAUACUGUACCGGUCGGUCUGGGAACAUAUUCCAGGAUUUUGAGAUGUGCCAUGGUCAGUUCUCGCCCAGUGUUGCAGGUUUUGUGUUUUGGAAUGUGCCAACUUGUGAACGGAAAGACGCCAUGUUAACGAUGACCCGGAGUAGGACUGAGAACGGGUUGAAGCGGACCACCAACUGAAGCAGCAAGAUAUUCAAAAUGUAUGGGAAAGCAAGUUUAGAAGGUGGACGUGAACAAUUUAAUAACCUAUGAAAUGGCAUGUACUGUUAUCGCACUAAAAUAAGUUUUGAGGGUCUUUCGGGUCUCGAUGAAAACUGUCUCUCGAAGGAUGGAAACUUUUUUGCACUUUUAAUAGAAUUUCAAAUUUUCCUCAUAGUUCGUGGCUCUCCUUUCAGAUCGGUAAGACGAAGAGAAAGCCACGGUGGAAUUUGAAUGUCAAAAAAUAACACGCAAAUAGAGUUGUAGCCCUAUCUGCCUGUGUGUGCCUGUUGGUCAGGAAGAGUUGAGUAUGAGAGUGUUGAGACUUAAUCAGAUUCAAUGGGUUCAUAAAUAUAUAUAUAUAUAUAUAUAUGUGUGUGUUUUGGAACCGUGGAAGACUGAAUUCAACAGCUUUUCAAUUACUGCAAAGGAAAUGAAAGGAAAUCUGCAGUAAAUGUCAACAUAAGAGACACACACAGGACGAAUAAAUAUUGUAAAAGGGACUUUUCGACAGUCUGUGUUGGUCAUAGAAUGGACAUGAGUGUACUGUUUGACUAUGGAGCAACAGACCUUGGGCUGGGGGGGGGGGGGGGGGGGGCUGUGUUAAAAGACAAUGUUAUUGUGUAUGUUUGAUACUUUUUGUAUUAUUGAUAUGAUCUUGCAGUGUUUUUUUUUAAAACAACUGAAUAAUUUAUUACUGUCAAUUUUACCUCAGUGUGUCCCAGACCUGGACAAAAGAAUAUUUGAAAAAAGAUUUGACUGGCGUGUUGAAUAUUCAGUGAUGUUGUUCAAGGAAAGCUGGGUGCCCAGUAAGGCCCAAGGCCCUCACCCCAGGUGCCACUGCAGAACAUCAGUUGCAUUAUUCUAUAAUAAACCCAUGGCCCAGGGUGCGGACACUUACUUUGGAUUGAAAUAAAAGGAAUGAUUCUUGAAAUAUUAAGGAACUUUCUCCGACUUCUUUGGGUCUUGGUUAAAAGGUCCCAUGACAUGCCACCAGGUGUGGUGUGAUUAGCGUUACAAGCCGUUUUGGAUAUCUGCCCCUUAUGACAUCACAGGUGGGCGUGUCCACCUAGAUGUGUGACGGAUAGAUGAGCAACGUUUGCUACAGUUCACUGGGUAGGCUUGUAGGCUGAUCUAUCCAGCACACAUCUAGGUGGACACCCCCACUAUAAUGUCAUAAGGGGCAGAUGUCCAAAACAGCUUGUAACGGCUAAUCACACAACACCUGGUGGCAUGUCAUGGGACCUUUAAGUUCUACUUUUUAAUUUCAGAGUUGAAAUGCAAGCACACCUGGGUCAGCUCUAAGACAAUGCCAGACAGAGGAUGACAGCCAUUCGAAGCCUAAGGAAUGUUUUGUAUCUAAUCCUAGUUCAGUAGCGUUGUUAGAGUAUUUUGGUCCCAUUUGGCACAGAUGAUAUAUAAAGGAUCAGUGCAACAUUUGCAGUCAGCAAAUUGUUGGGUUUAAAAAAAAAUAAAUAAAAAAUAAUAAUAAUAAUAAUACAUUUAAAACUUGGCUUGAACAAAAAAGAACGCACCAUAUUUUUCUUGCAUUUCAUUUUUACCAAAGCAAAUUCCCCCAAAUUAAUGUAUGCACUUCAAUAUCAAGAGCGGACCAAGCCUGCAUGCAAGCUGAAUCAAGAAAACUGUUUUUUCACCUGCUUAGAGAAACAAAUAUAUCAACACAUGGACCAUGUUGACCGUUUAAUUAAUUGUAUUAGAAUUUAACACUUUACGAUUCUGAAAUGUGAAUACUGAACUGUGUAUUUAUGGCCAGGUGUGUCUGGCUGUGUCAUUCUGCAGAGCUAGAGGAGGCACAAACAACUCAACUAUGGCCUUUUAUAGCCUCAGGGGUCCUUUCUCUUUCAAUAAAGAAUUACAUUACA